GUCUCGAUCGCGAACAAAUUUUUGUUUUCCUUCCGCGGCUCGACGGCAUCAUCGCGAUCUCCUCUUGUUGACGACAUAGGAUCGCCUUCCUGCCCAAGUUAUAUACUCAGACAAUAGCCGGGCGAAUGUCGCAUUGCCUCAACCAACCUCUGACAUUCAGCGAUAGCAAAGUCCCCGACCCGGCACAUCAUGACACACGCGCAUAACACAACACACCCCAUCUUUGCGGAUUGGACCACCUUCUCCACAGCAGACAAGCCUGCGAGUUACAUCUUCCAGUCGGAUGCGCGAGGCGUAUUGAUAGCUCAUGUUUUGUGCAUGCUUGCUGCGGCACUGCUGUUAUUGCCACUUGUGCUGUUCCCACCUGCGACGAAGCGUUUGCCUAGUCGAUGGCCGGCGCGCUUCCUGCGCCCGGCAUUGCAUAUUGCUCUUUGUUUAAGCCUUAUCAUUGGCGUUGCUUUUGCGUCUAUACAUCGACAAGCGACAGAGGACUUGUACCAGCAUGCGCUGCAUCGUACUUUUGGUUUCGCGCUCGUUUUGUACGUGUUGGUUACAUCAAGUUUGAGUUUUGUGCCGCAAGUCAAAGCCCUCCUGGACAAGCAAGCACCUGUUGAUGCCGACUUUGUACCUCUGUCUCAACUUGACGACAUGCAAGCUGGCGAUGUGUCGCCUACGGGAUCUUUUGCUUCAGGCCAGUCGCAAGAGACUUUGCCCUGUUUCGAGUCGGAUGGUCCACAGGGCGAUUGUCACGCUGCAGCUACUUACACGACUUUACAACAGAGAGCAGCAAGGCUAGUCGAAAACUUUCACAAGGUCUUUCUGGUUGUCACCUUUUAUGCACAGAUCCUUCUCGGCCUCGCCACCCUAGGCGGUCUCUUUCGAGGCCAUGAGAUCUACAAUGGCCUUGCGCACUGGAUCAAAGCAUCCGUCUUCUUCAUUUUUGGGUUAUGGGUCUUUCUGCGCUACCUUGGCAUCACUGCAUCCUCGGGCAUGGCUUGGAAUGCACCGCACAAUGGUACACGCCUUUUGACGGCUGAACAGAUCGAAUGUGGUCUCAUUUUUACUUAUGGCGUGCUCAAUCUGUUUCUCGAACGCCUUGGUCAUACGAAGGAACCUAUCUCGCAUACGGACAUUCAGCAUAUGAGUAUUGCUUUGCUCUAUGCAUGCGCAGGCGGUGUGGGCCUAUUACUUGAAUCGCAGCUGCUACGCCGUCUCACACUGUCACCGCAUAGCAGUCGAGAUACACGUCGGCCGGUGCUCAACAUCAUGCCACUACUUGUGACAUUCUUCACUGGCCUAUUGAUGAGCCAACACCAUCAAGACACAGAGCUCGCAAGCACCGUGCAUGCCAUAUGGGGCUACUUCUUCUGUAUCGCCUCGGUCUUCCGUCUCUUGACGUACUUGUCUAUUUUUGCACGGCCUGAUAUAAUGCAAGAUACGAUGCCCAGUCGGCCACCCACAGAAGCACUUGUGGCCUUUUCACUAGUGGCAGGGGCCUUGGUCUUCAUGGCGAGCAGUCGCGAUGCCGUUCAGUCCAUUGAGUACUACGAUGUGCAUACGUUCUUUGUGGUCUCGCUGGCAGCAGCUGCUAGCCUGUGCGUUAUUGUAUGGACAUGCUUCCUUACUGUUAUCAUGCAUCUGAGUACCUAAGAAGCUCUUCUGAAUGGGCCCAGGCUGCACUGUAUGAUAUAUGCUCAACAUUCAAUAUAAUUUAAUGCAAGCGAUCUUUGUCUCCGGCCUUCAAAUCUUCACCUUCUUGUGCGAGAUUGACAUCAUGCUUCAUCGCACCUGCAAUGACUUUUGCCUGGCCCUUGAUCUUAUCACCAAGGGAGACGUGUGGUUUAUCAGAAGUGAUGGAACGCGCUUGUUGUGUAUGCGACAAGACUGCCGGGUUGUGCUGCGGAUGUGAACCAACACUUGCUGGUGCUCCUGCUAUAUUGCCCUCGAGUUUGCCAUUGCUAAUGCGUUAGUCUAUGCCUGUAGGAAUUAGAGACAGGGAAA